CCCAAAAGAGAAGGCCCAAACUGAUUCAAGACAACAAAUACCAAACUCCAAAGUAGCACAAAUCAGAUAAUGCUCAAUUAGAAACCUCUUCAACUCCUCUCUUCUCCGGCCAACGUCUCCGGUGUUCAGAUCACCGGCGGAAAAUGGAGGAAUUAACAACAGCAUUGAAUUCACAUAUGGACCAAAUGGCAGAUCUUGUUGAGAAAUUCUCUGCAGAGAUGAGGUCUACUCUUAGACCUGCUUAUGAUAACUUCAUUGGCUUCUUUCACGCCAUUGACUGGACGGAACCUUGGUUGAUAGGUCUUCUUUCAUUUCAUGCCAUGUUUCUUCUAGUAUCUAUUGUGUCACGGAAGAACAUCAAUUUCCAGAUGUUUUUGUUCCUUUUUGCACUGGGAGGAGUGUAUGGUGCUGAGAGGCUUAAUCGCAUAUUAGCUGCAAACUGGAAAAGCUUUGCGCGCCAAAAUUACUUUGAUUCACAUGGCAUUUUUCUUUCCACACUCUGGUCUGGGCCUCUGUUGGUUAUUGCGAUAAUAAUCUUGGUUAAUACCCUCUUUUCACUAUGUUACCUGAUUGUCAGGUGGAAAAAAGCAGAGCUUAGACACCGGGCAAGACUAGCUACUAAAAAGGAGGAUUGAAAAGCAAUAUGUUGCUCUGCUACGACUAAAAGCUGGGGGUAGGGGAGUGAGAAUGCUGCUUAUGGGACAUUUACUACAUUCUCUCCCUACACCAACCACCGAUGAAGAGAAUUCCUUACACCUGGUUACAUUAGGGAUUUCUUUUUGCCAUAAGCCUUUUCAUUUGGUGAAGUGUUCUAUGAAAGACGAGAAGAAUUUACUCACUCUUUAAACACUUGAGAUGAUUCAACCUAGUUGAAUUUUAACUUUUAAGACUUGUUGCUACUAUUUUGUUUAUUUUGUGGGCUGCUACUGUUUUAGCCUUUUAGGCUGCUACUAUUUUUGCAUUUUAUGCUAUUACUUGCUACUAUUUCA